UUAACGGAGCUGACGCCAUGGGAUAUCAGAGUUAUGAGCUCUUUGUAGAAACACCACUUGUAAGCACAUACAGCAGCUCAGAGAGCAAUACACUGAUAAGUGAAAAUGUGAAUCCACUUCUCCAGUGGUGCCAAUUACGCACAGUAGUACGCUGAGCAAUUGGAAUACCAUCAAGAAAGACCACGGCAAAAGCUCUUUUAUUGACGACCCACCUGGCUGUUACCAAUGACUGUCACAUACACAGCCAGGGUUGCAAAUGCCCGUUUUUGUGGCUUCUCCAAGCUGCUUUUGGCCUGGAAAGGCAGCAUCUACAAGGUGCUGUAUAAAGAGUUCCUGGCUUUCUUCGCCAUGUACACCGCUAUUAGCAUCACGUACAGAUCUUUCCUGUAUGAUGACCAAAAGAGGUAUUUUGAAAAGUUGGCAAUUUAUUGCAACCACUAUGCCAGUCUCAUCCCCAUGUCGUUUGUAUUGGGUUUCUAUGUGACCCUGGUGGUGAACAGGUGGUGGAACCAAUACAGCAGCAUCCCGCUCCCUGACAGGCUCAUGUGUGUCCUGUCAGGGGGCCUGCAGGGUAGCGACGAGCGAGGCCGCCUGCUGAGACGAACCAUGAUGAGAUAUGCCAGUCUGUCGGCUCUGCUCAUCCUCCGUUCCGUCAGCACGGCCGUAUUCAAACGUUUCCCUACCAUGGACCACGUGGUGGAGGCUGGAUUCAUGUCGAGAGAGGAAAGAAAGAAGUUUGAGGGUCUUCAUUCUCCUUACAACAAAUACUGGAUCCCCUGCGUUUGGUUCACCAACCUGGCAGCUGUGGCCCGCUGCGAGGGCCGGAUCAAAGACGAUCACACGCUCAAACUACUCCUGGAGGAGCUAAAUGCAUUCAGAGGAAAGUGCAGCAUGUUAUUCCACUACGACAUGAUCAGUGUUCCCCUAGUCUACACUCAGGUGGUGACUUUAGCAGUCUAUAGUUUUUUCCUGGUGUGUCUAAUUGGUCGUCAGUUCCUGGACCCCAGUCAAGGCUAUCCAGGUCAUGACCUGGACCUUUACAUUCCCAUCUUCACUCUGCUACAGUUCUUCUUCUAUGCUGGGUGGCUAAAGGUAGCAGAGCAGCUGAUUAACCCCUUUGGAGAAGACGAUGAUGACUUUGAGACCAACUGGCUGAUAGACAGAAACUUCCAGGUGUCCAUGAUGGCGGUGGAUGAUAUGUAUGGAGAUCUGCCGAUGAUGGAGAGAGAUCGCUACUGGAACGACUCCAACCCCAGACCCCCCUACACUGCUGCCACUCUGUUUGUCCUCCGCAAACCCUCCUUCCAGGGGUCCACUUUUGACAUGGCAAUCCCUAAAGAGGAGAUGCACUUCCAGCCUCUGGAGGACAUAGCUGAGAACCUGGAGGAGUCAGGCAGUCGUCACCCCAACAUGGCCCUCUUCAAUCGUUUACUCGGCGCGGCCCCCUCUCCCACCGGUCUCAUGGGAGGUGCUCUGCGCCGCACCUCAGCACAACUCCAGAGGCUACGCCACUCUCCCAGCAUCGAUCAAUGCACCAGCGAUGAUGAUGAUGACAAUGAAAGUGUUAAAAUAGGUAAAGGUGGGUCUCUUCCCUCAGGGUUGGGACAGGACACUCAGAGUACUAUCUGCAGUUUCAGGGAUGAAAAGAACCCCACCACACCUCUGCUGGAGAUUCAGUUUGGGUUGGAGCAGGAGAGCCAAGAAGGGCACCCAGUCGUAAAUGAGAAGACGGAGGUGACAGGAGUGGAGGAGAGGAUUCAUGAAGAGUGGGAGAUGAUGGGGGAAAGAGAAAAUGAAGAUAAUUUAAGUGAGGGUACCCAAGCUAUGUCACUGCUACCUCCACCCCCCCAGUUCUCCAGACCAACACCCAUUCGACCAGUAUCUGCAAUCUCGUCCUUAACCUCCCGUCACCCCUCUGCCUUCCUGUUUCAUCCAUCUGUCCACUCAAGUUUGGAGCACUGCAGCUCCCAGCCAGCUAUCAACCAAAACAGGGCUGUGCCCACCAUUCCUAGACCCCCAUUUGGUGGAAGCAAAAUGUCUUUCCUCACUGUGCCAUCGUAUGAUGAACCUCAGCGUUUCCGCAGCGUGAGCAUGGGGUCAGAGCUCACUGGCUCUUAAGGCUGUGACAACAUAUCAGUAUUUGAUGACGUGGGGAGAAAAAAAAAGAGGAAAGUCCCUGUGAACUCUUGACUCAUUCAAACCGUGAAACUUGAUUCAAUGCACAUUUUCACGUAUGUAGCUAGUGUUUGAUAUGUAACUGUGCUUCCACUGUUACUCUGAAUUUUCAGCACUUUUGAAGCAGAAGGUAAUCAUUUUUUGAUACUAAAAAUAGACGUUCUCACAGCUGUGGUUAACGUUAUUUUCAGUGAGCAAUAUUUUAGCACUCAUUUUUCCAAUAUAACCCCCCUGAUGAUAACUGACGUAAACUUUGCUGAAUUAAUCUGAUCUGCGAGGAAAGUUUUACAUUUGAAGGCACUUGAAAUGAAUAUGCAGACAUUAUAAAAGAUAUGUAGUUUGUGCUUAGCCUCGCUUAGCACAGUGACUGGAGACAUAGGGAGAUUUACCUCCAACCUUAAAAGAAGAAAGUGACUCCAAGAGUUAAUUUUUUUAAAUCUUUGUGGCUACAAAUAAGAGUAAACGACAGAAUCACAUUUGAUUAGUUUAAAACUAUGAGCCUGACAACAUCACCAUUGAUGAGCUUCCUCAUAAAAUCCUCCAUAGUACGGUCACUUUGGAGGAUUUUAUGAGGAAGCUAGUUGAGUUAAUAUGCUAGUUUAUUUUUUAGUAAAUCUAGGUGCUCAUUCAACCACAAUGCUUUUUUAGUUGUGUUGAAAAAUAUAGAAAAUCAACAAUAUUGAGGUCAAAGCAAGGCUAGGCAUAUCCCCCUACUUUCAGUCUGUGUGCCAAGCUUGGCUAAAACUGUAUUUGUCAGAAAAUAAUUUCUGGUUUCCAGUUCUCCUCACAUUAUAUUUCAAGAUAAAGAUACACUGUGUGUUAUCAUCGAAGCAUGUAUUGGCACUUUAGCAAUAACCCAAUUA